CCAUCUUCUUCUUCUUCUUCUUCUUUCAACUGAGCGAGCAUUCUCGUGGUGUAUAAUAAAAGCAUGAAUGAUCAAGACGGAGACUGGAAUUAUCAUCUCAGGAUCCUAAGCAACAGCGCGCGUGAUUCCACGGAUCCUGCUUCCGAUCCAUCUGUGCUACAAUCAGUGAAGAAGCUACAUGGGUUCUGUAAAUUGGAGAAUUCAGACGAUCUGGUGGCUAGAAUUUACCCUCAGAUCAAUAAGGUCUUCCAACGCUCUGUUGCUUCGCUGACUCAGUCCGAGACAGGGACCUCCAAAGGUCUUCUCUUGCUAGCCAUUCUUCAGUUUUUUCUUGAUUUUGGAGAUAUGGUUCUGCACGAUGCUGACCCGAGUUUGAGGACUUUCUUCCGCUCCUGUCUUAGCCGUGAGUUCUCGGAUGCUGCUGUUGCUGAGGCAACUUGUGAGUUUCUUAUCGAGAAUAAGAGAAAGCUCUUGGCGUCUUUCCCUAACUUACUCUCUCAG